CCUUUUUUAAAGAAAAUUCUUAUUAUUAAUUUGUAGCAUUUUUUUUUCUAAUUAGGCUACUUUUAUUUUAUGUUAAUGUGCAGGAACGGGUAUAACUACAGUGUAUCUUGCUCUAAAUGUUACAUUUUGUGUGCUGUAAAUUAGUUCAAGCCCCAGUUGUCCCAGUGAUUUUUUUGGUGAAACUACAUUAAUAUACUUUUUGAUUUUAAACAAAAUUAAAAACGAUUAUUUGAUAUGGAUGUGCCUUCAAGAAAUAUGGAUAUUUUUAGGUGCUGGAGUAGUUUGAGAAAAGUGCUUGAAAGAUCUGGUCCAUUUUGUCAUCCAGAUUUUGAACCAUCAACAAAUACUUUAAAAUUUGUCAUGAAUACUUUUAAACUUCAUGUAAUAAGGGAGCAGGAGGACUCUGUUGUGAAUUACUUAAAAAUUUGGCUUUGAAUUGAUUUCUGAAGAUUCAUGUUAUUGUAUGGAUACCAUCGAUUUGUCCAAUUUGAAUCGGCAGUUCCUAUUUCGGAGGAAAGAUAUAGGUCUGUCCAAGGCUGAAGUUGCUGCUGAGUUCAUUAAUAGUAGAAUUAUUGGCUGUAAUGUUGUCCCAC